GAAUUUUACAAGAAACUGAAAUUUUGAUUCAAAUAUAUUUUGAAUUGAAACCAGAGAUGUACUAGAGUUUAGAUUCUUUCAUUUGAUUAAGGUAUGAUCUGAAUAUGCGUUGCUUGGCAGCUCGGGUCAACUAUAAGACUUUGAUUAUCAUCUGCGCACUCUUCACUCUGGUCACAGUACUUUUGUGGAAUAAGUGUUCCAGUGACAAAGCGAUCCAAUUUCCACGGCACUUGAGUAGUGGCUUCAGAGUGGAUGGAUUAGAAAAAAGACCAGCAGCGUCUGAGAGUAACAACUAUGUGAACCACAUGGCCAAACAACAGUCUGAGGAGGCAUUCCCUCAGGAACAGCAGAAAGCACCCCCUGUUGUUGGGGGAAGCAAGGUGUUAGGGCUCAAAUAUGAAGAAAUUGACUGUCUCAUAAAUGAUGAACACACAAUUAAAGGGAGACGAGAGGGGAAUGAAGUCUUUCUUCCAUUCACUUGGGUAGAGAAAUAUUUUGAUGUUUACGGAAAGGUGGUUCAGUAUGAUGGCUAUGAUCGGUUUGAAUUCUCUCAUAGCUAUUCCAAAGUUUAUGCACAGAGAGCCCCUUAUCAUCCUGACGGUGUCUUUAUGUCCUUUGAAGGCUACAAUGUGGAAGUCAGAGACAGAGUCAAGUGCAUAAGUGGGGUUGAAGGUGUGCCAUUAUCUACGCAAUGGGGACCUCAAGGCUAUUUCUACCCAAUCCAGAUUGCACAGUAUGGGUUAAGUCAUUACAGCAAGAAUCUAACUGAGAAACCUCCUCACAUAGAGGUAUAUGAAACAGCAGAAGACAGGGACAAAAACAGCAAGCCUAAUGACUGGACUGUGCCUAAGGGUUGCUUUAUGGCUAGUGUGGCUGAGAAGUCAAGAUUCACCAACGUUAAACAGUUUAUGGCUCCAGAGACCAGUGAAGGUGUGUCCUUACAACUGGGAAACACAAAAGAUUUUAUUAUUUCAUUUGACCUCAAGUUCUUGACAAAUGGGAGUGUGUCUGUGGUUCUAGAGACCACAGAAAAGAAUCAGCUCUUCACUGUACAUUACAUCUCAAAUGCCCAGCUAAUUGCUUUUAAAGAAAGAGACAUAUACUAUGGUAUUGGGCCCAGAACUUCUUGGAGCACGGUUACCAGGGACCUGGUCACUGACCUCAGGAAAGGAGUGGGUCUUUCCAACACAAAAGCUGUCAAGCCAACCAAAAUCAUGCCCAAGAAGGUGGUUAGGUUGAUUGCAAAAGGGAAGGGAUUCCUUGACAACAUUACUAUCUCAACCACAGCCCACAUGGCUGCAUUCUUCGCCGCUAGUGAUUGGCUGGUAAGGAACCAGGAUGAGAAAGGUGGCUGGCCAAUUAUGGUGACCCGUAAGUUAGGGGAAGGGUUCAAGUCUUUAGAGCCAGGGUGGUACUCUGCCAUGGCCCAAGGGCAAGCCAUUUCUACAUUGGUCAGGGCCUAUCUCUUAACAAAAGACCAUAUAUUCCUCAAUUCAGCUUUAAGGGCAACAGCCCCUUACAAGUUUCUGUCUGAGCAGCAUGGAGUUAAAGCUGUGUUUAUGAAUAAACAUGACUGGUAUGAAGAAUAUCCAACCACACCUAGCUCUUUUGUUUUAAAUGGCUUUAUGUAUUCCUUAAUUGGGCUGUAUGACUUAAAAGAAACCGCAGGGGAAAAACUCGGGAAAGAAGCGAGGUCCUUGUAUGAGCGUGGCAUGGAAUCUCUUAAAGCCAUGCUGCCCUUGUACGACACCGGCUCAGGAACCAUCUAUGACCUACGCCACUUCAUGCUCGGCAUCGCUCCUAACCUGGCCCGCUGGGACUAUCACACCACCCACAUCAACCAGCUGCAGCUACUCAGUACCAUUGAUGAGUCCCCAAUCUUCAAGGAAUUUGUCAAGAGGUGGAAAAGCUACCUUAAAGGCAGCAGGGCAAAGCACAACUAGAGCUCACAACCAAAAUCAUACUCCAGCCUCUGCUGUAUACUGAAACCACAGGCUCUGUCAGCAGAGCAUGGGCACAUUUCAAAAGGUUGUAUACUAGGUUUUUGUGGGUUAUAUCAAAGUGAUAAGUGAUCCUUAAAACCAGUCUUCUGAAAUAAUUGCAUUCCAUGGGUUGGGUGUUUAGAGAUGUAGGUGGCAUUUAAAAUAGAACGUGUCUAGUCAAUGGGCUGAACAAAGAUGUUUAACUUUGCCUUGCCCAUCACCGUGUACAGUUCCACAGAUAGCCCAGUCACUCUCGGUUUGGAAAAGAUAAUGGCAAGUAGUUAUUACUGGCCAAGUGUCUAGCACUUAUCUGAAAACUUAGUAUGGGGCUCUUUUUAAAUGUGGUUAUUUAUGUCGAAAGCAGACUUUGGAAAAAAUGAUGUGCUGUAAUACAGUAAAUAUGUACUUGUAGCCUGGAUAGUGGACUGUGUUCACCUUUUUACAAAGAUGUUUCUUUUCUAUUGGUUAACUUUUGGGGAGCAAAUGAGCAUUUGCUGCAUUUGUUCAAUUUGUUAUAUAUGGAGAAUAUUUUGAAUUAUAGUUUUCUCGAAGUGUGUAAAUUAAAAACACAACCAGUGUUCAGGCUUCACAGUUAUAUAAUGUAAGCACAACUAAAAUGUAACUUGUUGACUGCACAAGAAAUUACAAAAAUGUUAUGUGUUUUGAAACUUGAUCUACAAUCAGUAAAAGUUUGAUAAUCAGUCUGUCUCUUCCCCACCUCCAUUGCGAUAGUUUCCUUUUCUCACUAUCUAGAAUUUUGUAUUUUAUUUCAGACUACACUUGAGAGUUUUGUACAUUUUGCAGGGGGACAUUUUUGGGACAUUAUUUGGGAAAUUUAUUAAAAACCUAAAUUUGGAAAGGAGCUAGUAAUUUUAAGGCCACCACCACUUCCUUUUAGGAUUUUUUCCCCCCUUUAAGGAAAAUUACUCGGUCAAAUAUUACAUACAAGAAUCAUAGCAGAUUUUUUUUCCCUACCCAGAUCACUCUUAAUCAUCAGCUUCCCAGACCAUUGAUUCUGUAUGUCAUUGUUUUUCCUUUGAAAUUUGAUUUCAAAUUAUUCCAGCUGUUAGACAGAAGAGAUGCUACUGCAUUUGCUGUAUGUGUGUAAUUAGAUCUUUAUUUCGGUUAUAUAUCUUACCAUACCUCACAUAAAUAGAUUUCGGAGCCCUCAUACCAUGGGCAGUGUCUGCUUGGAGCUCCAGGCAUUAGUUGAAAACCCAGGCGUUAGGUUAAAACCCAGUGGUGUUUAUUUUGCUCUGACUUUUGUUUUAGGGUAUGACAGUACACUAAGUCAGUACUAUAUCUUACACAGCUUGAAAAUAUGAGACCCCACACUUUCAGGGGACUAAGUCUGACAAACACAAUGCAGUUUAUCUGUGACCUAUAUCAAAUGCAGAUUUGAGAGCCAGGUAGGUUACCUACCUGCCCACUAUAUCUUAAUUGAAUUCAACCUACCAAGCACUACUUAGAAACUGGAAAAUACAUAUACAUAUAUGUGUAUAUAACAUACAUGUAAAAUACAUAUACGCAUGAAGGAGCAGAGGCAAAGAAGAUACAGAUAUACACGGAGGACGAUAUUAAGCUGGCCAUAGAAAAGUAAGCUUAAACUCCUAAUUUAUGUGGCCACAGCUCUUAAUUUUGCCAGUUGUGGGUUAUUAGGUUUUCACCUAGCUUUUGACCUUGGUAUGUCUUAGAUGUCUCAUCUAGAAUAUUUGGAAUUCCCUUAAUUUUUAUUUUCAAUGCCAAUGUUCAAAAUAAACUUUCUCCAAUCUGGCAAGCUAUUUUACUUCCUCGUAUUUGUUACUGUUUAGAGAAUGGUUCAGACUUCUGCUUUGUGUUUGCAUACUGGUCUUCAGAUUAGGAGAAUCAAUGAAAACAGUAUGGUACUGCUUCUGUGACAAAUAUCAGUGCCUUAACAAUGUGGCUUUCUUUUUCCACUGAAGAGGGAAAGACUUUUCGAUCUAGAAAUGGCAUUGCUAUUUCAUUGCUGUUUGUUUUACACUGCCUUUCACAUUGCAACAGCAACUGGAUUUGUCUUUUGAUCGCAAUUUUCUAAGAGGAUGAGUUGAACAUAUAGCAGCAUUGUCGGAACAGACCAGUGGUUCUCAAACUUUAGAACCACCUGGGAGCUUAUUGCAGUGCAGAUCCCAGAUACUAAGUAAAUCUGCCUGUGAAGUAUAACAGUCUGCAUUUUUAACAAGCACUCAGGUGAUUUUGAUGCAGUGAGCUGGGGGCAUACAUGGAGGAACACUGCCCGAGAUUAUCCAUUGCAUUUUUGCCUCUAAACAACUAGAAGGUUUUCUAGGGUUUUAAAUCAUGUAAAAUGUUUACUUAUUCUGAGCUUAGAGAGAAUGGGGAGGGUAUUUUAAGUUUUGUUUCUUUAAAUUUUUCUUUGUUUCAAGAUUAUUUUAGAUAUUAGGUUUUGGGGGGUUUUUUUUGCUUGUUUUUGUUUUCCCCCACCUUGAGUUUGCUUUGAUGUUGACUCUGUUGCCACUUCAGUUGUAAAACCAGCCAGAAGUUUCUGGAUGAAGGUCAAGUUUGACCCUUUAAGAGUUAUUGUACAUAAAGGCUUCAUCCAAGAACCAUCCAGUGUACGUGAGCAAAUGCAAAAACAACACACAAGCACAACUCUCCAGAUGUGGCGGUCCUUUUUCUUUUUCAGUGCAAACUUUCACUGAAAGCUGCUAUUUUCAUCCUUCUUGUAAUUGUUUUUCUUGUUUCUCUUCCAUUGUACAUGUGGGUUAUAUACCAUGUGUUAAAUAUGCAAUAAAGUGUUUACUGGAUGCCCUUCUGAAGGGUAGUCCUGUGUAAAGCUGUACAGACUUUGCAGUUUAAGCACAAUGUGCACAUGUUAGUUUUAUAUACAGCAAAACUUGAUUUUUUGCAGAUGGAAAGGUAUUUUGUUUCUAUACAAAGUAAAUGCAUUGUUUGUGCUUAAUGUAAAGCUGCUUUAUAAAAUUGUACAAUAAAGUUUUUAUCUUA